AUGUGGCAUGAUAUAAUUCGUCUUGGUCUUGUACGUAUAUUUUAUCCAUGUUUAAUGAUAUUUGGUACAAUUGGUAAUAUAUUAUGUUUAAAAAUUCUUUUACGAAAACGUUUUCGUCGUCAAUCAACAUGUCAAUAUUUAUGUAUACUCGCUGUUAUUGAUAUUCUAUUUAUUUAUAUGAGAUCAACAAGAUUUUUAUAUCGAUAUAUAUUUAAUGGUGAUUUACGUAAUACAUCAUUAUGGAUAUGUCGAUCAUUUAUAUUUGUAUUCAAUAUAUACAAAAGAACUUUUAUUUUCAUAUUCAAAAUUGUUAUAAUGUGGUUCUUCCG